AUCUCGCGAGAACUCGUGUCAGCUGCUGCUGCUAUCCUACUGCCAAGAUGGUGGAGACCGUGGUGGAGCAUGUUGUGGCAGAUGCUGGCGCUUUUCUCAAAAGGGCUCCUCUGCAAGAAAUUGGAAAGAACAUUUAUACCCUGAAGGAUGUUGUUGAUGAAAUUCGGGAUAAACCAACAAAAAGGAGUUUGGCUUUUUUGCCAUACAAGCUCAAUUUCAAAGAACCCUUUCCAGAGCACGUAAGAUUUGUUACAGAAUUUGCUAAAAAGACAGGAGACUAUCCCAGUCUUUCAGCCACAGACAUCAAGGUCUUGGCUCUGACUUAUCAACUGGAAACCGAGAAUGUGGGAACUGAGCAUUUGAAGAAAGAACCUGAGAAAAAGGUCCAAAUAUGCAGUACACAGAGACAUCCAGAGACUCAUGUUGGCAUUGCAGGUUUCCAUUUUCCAUCAAAAUCAUCAAAUAAUCCAAAUACCGUUGUCCAAAGCCCACCUACAACAAACGAGUCACAAGACCCCAAUAGUUCACAAUUCAACAGCUUUCAGUUUUGGAGGAGUCCUCUGCCCAGCAUUGAGACUGACCUUCUGGAACUGCUGGCUGCAGAUGCCAUCACAGUCACAGACAAACUAGAGUCUGUUGACCUGUCCGCUGACAGUCAGCUGGCUGAAUCUGAAGAACAUGAUGGUUCAAAUGAAGACCAACAUGAGGAAGAAGAAGAAAGCAGUGAUGAGGAGGAGGAUGGUGAUGAUGGUGGAGGUUGGAUUACUCCCAGCAACAUAAAGCAAGUCCAGAUGGAUGCUGGUAACUGGGGACCGACAGCAGAUGUCAAAGUGGGCUGCGUGACCACUGACUUUGCCAUGCAGAAUGUUCUGAUUCAGAUCGGACUGCAUGUGCUGUCUGUUAAUGGCAUGCUUAUUAAAAACACCAGGAGUUACAUUCUGCGCUGUCAUGCCUGCUUCAAGACAACAACAAACAUGAACAAAUCUUUCUGUCCAAAUUGUGGGAACGACACCUUGAAGAAGGUUGCAGUCAGCAUGAAUGAGGACUGCACCAUGCAGAUGCAUUUUUCCAGGAAUCCCAAAGUGCUGAAUCUAAAGGGGAAGAGAUACUCUUUACCUUUGCCACAAGGAGGAAAACACGCCAACAACCCACACCUGGUGGACGAUCAGCGUUUCCCCCAGCAGAGAUUGUCUAAAAAGGCUCGUCAGAAGACUAAUGUGUUUGACCCAGAUUACCUGGCCGGCAGCUCUCCGUUCUCUGAGCAUGAUAUCUACAGCAGGUCAGCCAGCUUACAGCUGCGGGACGCCCAGACCGGAGGAGGAAGACGGCGAACAAAUCCUAACGCAGCACGCAAAAAAUCUGUUAAGAAGUGAUUGUGUUCUCACACUACCUGCAGAAUCUGGACUGGAAGCCUGAAACAUUGAAUUCUUGAUGGAAUUAAAAUGUUUAUGGUGAUUUAUUUGAAUGAUCCACUUGACCUUAAGUUUAACUCUAUAUUACAAAAUAUUUUCCAUAUUCUACCCUUGUGCCAGUUGAAAUUGUGAUAUGGAAAUCUUAUUUUUGUUUGUGAUUAUAGAUAAAAAGACACAAUUUGCAAAGACUAUCUGCGAUUCCAUGCAGACUGCUAAAGGUUUUAUGGGGGAAAAAUAGAACACCUUUGACUCAAUAUAAAGAAUAUCAAAAUAUCAGAAACAAGCAGCCUAAUAUUUUUAUCCAGUUUUUUAAUAAACCUUUCCCCCCCUAAAAACAUCCUGGAAAAUAGGAGCAAACAAAAAACAUACAACAGAAGUCAAAUGCAAUACAUGGUCCAA